UCACGCUGCUUCCGGGUUUGGGGCGUUCGCGCCUUUUCCCGGCCCCACCCCCCCAUGGCGUGUCCUGGUGCCGGCGGCGACCCCCGACCCUUGACUUCUGACCUCUGACCCCGUACGUGCACGGCGGGACCCCCCGUUUGGGGGCCGGGGGGACCCUGGUUAGGGAGAGGUGCCGUUAGACCCCCCGUGGACUCCAGGCCAUGUUCUCAGAGCGGGCGGCGCCCACAGCGCAGGGGCUGCUGGGCCCCCCCUCAGCCGAGCCCCCCACGUUCCCCAGGGUGCCAGUGCUGGGCUACUCGGACUACUCGGGGCCGUUCCGGCCGGGCGAGCGCAGCUUCGGCCGCCAGUACGCGCACGUGUACGCCGUGCGCCUCGCCGGCAUGCGCCCAACGCUGGAGCGCCGCGCGCGGGGCCACUGGGGGAACGAUGUCGUGCUGCGGAAGCUGUCGGAGCUGCAGGUGGGCGAGAAGUGCUGCGUGGUGGGGACGCUCUUCAAGGCCAUGCAGCUCCAGCCCUCCAUCCUGCAGGAGAUCAGCGAGGAGCACAACCUGGUGCCUCAGCCGCCCCUGCCCAAGUACAUCCAGCCCUCAGACGAGCUGAUCCUGGAGGAUGAGCUGCAGCGGAUUAAGCUGGAAGGAGCCAUCGAUGUGCAGAAGCUGGUGACAGGGACCAUCGUGGCCGUGUACGGCUCCGAGCAGGACGAUGGCAGGUUCCUGGUAGAGGAUCACUGCUUUGCUGACCUGCCACCACCCCUGCCCUGGAACGGACCCACCUCUGACCGGUUUGUGCUGCUGGCCUCGGGGCUGGGGCUGGGCAGUGGGAGUGGGGAGGCCCUGCUGAGCACCCAGCUGCUGGUGGACGUGGUGACGGGGCAGCUGGGCGCCGAGGGCGAGCAAAGCUGUGCUGCCCACAUCUCCCGAGUCAUCCUGGCAGGGAACCUGCUGAGCCAGAACACGCAGAGCCGGGACACCAUCAACAAGGCCAAGUACCUGACCAAGAAGACUCAGGCAGCGAGCGUGGAGGCCGUGAAGAUGCUGGAUGAGAUCCUGCUGCAGCUCUGCACCUCGGUGCCCGUGGAUGUGAUGCCCGGGGAGUUCGACCCCACCAACUACACGCUGCCACAGCAGCCACUGCACCGCUGCAUGCUGCCCCUGGCCAGCCCCUAUGCCACGCUACACCUCGUCACCAACCCCUACCAGGCCAACCUGGAUGGUGUCAGGUUUUUGGGGACAUCAGGACAAAAUGUCAGUGACAUCUUCAAAUACAGCAGCAUGGAUGACUACCUGGAGAUCCUGGAGUGGACACUGCUGGCAGGACACAUCAGCCCCACAGCCCCGGACACCCUAGGCUGUUACCCGUUUUACAAAUCAGACCCGUUCAUCCUCACCGAGUGCCCUCACGUCUACUUCUGUGGGAACACACCCCGCUUCCAGUCCAAACUGCUCCAAGGGGCAGAGGGGCAGCGGGUGCUGCUGGUGACAGUGCCCGACUUCAGCACCACACAGACCGCCUGCCUCGUCAACCUGCGUGACCUCACCUGCCAGCCCAUCACCUUCUCCGGCUUUGGGGACGAGGACGGGGACAUGGAAGUUGGGCACUGACCACAGGGAGGGCACGGACUCCAUUGCCCCCACCCCUCAGGGGGUCCUGGCACCGACCGCCCUUGUCUGUCCUCUGGGAGGGGGGCACUGGAGGGACAAAAUGCUCAUACCAAUAUAACUCAAUUUAUUUGUGUAACAAAA